AUGGAUGCUACAGUCCUUCCACCUGGCCUGAACGGCAGUCUGAAAGAGUUCGUCCAAGGUGGGUGCGAGACUAACUGGCAGCUGUACACCCAAACGCGCUUUUACACGAACGCGUUCGUCAUCAGCGACGACAAGUUGUUGCUCGGUUUCAAGAAACGUGGAUUUGGAGCUAACCUAUAUAACGGCUUUGGAGGGAAGGUAGAGCCUGGUGAAACGCCAGUCGAGGCUGCCAGACGUGAACUCCAGGAAGAGGCUGGCAUCGAUGCGCCUUUAGAACACGCUGGCACGUUAAUCUUCUUGACCGAGGGGACUGAGUGGGCCUUCCACAUCGACGUAUUUUCCGCGCUUUCGUAUACCGGCAUACCCACAGAGACGGACGAGAUGCGACCGGAAUGGUUCUCCUUGACAGAGAACAGCGUUAAUGGGAACGACGAUCGCUUGGGAUUGUCUUCUCUCACGAAGACAGGCUUACCCUCGAUUCCGUACAGCAGGAUGUGGGCAGAUGACAUAUGUUGGUUGCCGCAUCUCAUUGAAGGGAAAAAAUUUGCUGGGCGUGCUGACUUCUCGAAAGAUGGAGAGACAUACAUCAUGAAGAAGUUUUGGUUCGGUAUUGUUUGCUGA